AUGGUGGAGAACGGCGGGCUGCCGCAGGCCGCCCCGCCCCCGCCCCACCGCCGCCGCUUCAAGCUCGACAGCCCCGCCAGCGAUGUCGCCUGGCCGCGCACUGCGGCGCUCACAGCGGCAGGGAUGGUGCUGGCUCUCAUGCUGGCGGUGACGGUGCCGGGCACCAGGCUGUCUGGCGUGGUGGGCACAGCCGCCAAGCACCUCACCACCACCUCGCUGUCCUACCUCACCGGAGCCAUCCCCAUCCAGCUGGGCCUGGCGGCCAAUGGCAGCAGCGGCGAGGAUGGCGGCAGCGACAGCAGCGAAAUGGUGGACAUUAGCGAGAACAGCAGCAGCGACGAUAGCGGCGGCAGCAGCGCUGAGCCGGGGAGUGAAGGAAGCAGCGGCGUUGCUGAGCCAGAGAGUGAGGGAAGCAGCGGCGAUGCUGAGCCAGAGGGCGAGGAAAGCAGCGGUGGAGGCGAGCCAAAAGGGGAGGGAAGCAGCAGCAGCGAGGGACACGACAGUGGCGCAGAGGCAGAAGGCGAGCAAGACGGCAGCGCUGAUGCUGGCACCAGUGACGCUGCGGCAGAAGAUGGCGGCGGCGAUGAAGAGGCAGAUGGCAGCAGCAGCGACGGCGGGGAGGCUGAGCCCGACCUGCCCUGCCGGGAGAGCGGCUACUGCAGCUUGGGCAAGCUGCAGGCAUAUGUGGGCGAGGUUGACAGCACAGAGGGCCUCAAGGCGGCGCUGGAGGCCUGCAGCUACAAGAAGGACUUCUUCUUGCUCACCAUCGGCUCGGGAGGCCACCUGCUGGGCAUGAACUUUGUGGCGGGCGCCUGGAAGCUGGGCCUGGCCAAUGUCAUGCUGCACGCGACCGGCAACGAGUCGUGUGCUGUGCUGGCGGAGGCUGGGUACAACAACGUCACAUGCGUCUGGUCAGACCGGGACUGGUUUCCAACCCGAGCCAAGUAUGGCAACCUGUCUGAGUCGACUGACAUCUGGGCUGUGCGCUACAUCUUGAUGGCUCGAGCUGUCUGGCUCGGCUACAACGUGUGGCUGCUGGAUACAGAUUCCUACCUGUACCGGGACCCUUACAAGUACGUCAAGGUGCCGCCCUACAAGGACAUCAAGUGGAUGACGCUGUCAGACAACGGCGCCACGCUCACCAAUGGCGGAGCCUCCUACAUCCAGAACGCCGCUCCCGGCGGCGGGGCGGCUUGGACGAUUGCCUACGCGGCUGAGCGCAUGAUCCGGGUGAACGAGGACUGGAAGAAGUGGGCGGCAAACGCCAACAUCAGCGACGACGGCCACCUGGGGCACGCCAUGAUGGACCAGGCAAGGCCCGCUGCGCGCGCUUUUGUGCUGGCGGAUGCCAUGGGCACCAACCGGCUGCGACACCCGUACGUCGAGUUCACCCUGCCCAUGUCGCCGGGGCUGGCCAACGAGGUGUGGGAGCGGCUGCAGUAUGGCGAUCCUGGCGUGCAGCUGAAGUUCCCGCCAGAGUGGGUUAACCUCACCGGCUCGCUGGAGGUGGCAACCGAGCAGGGGUUCAACCUCACCAUCCCGCACAUCAACGGGAAGUGGGACGCAGAGAUCGGGGGGCAGCCCUACCCGCCGCGGGGCAAGUUCGCACUGGCGUUCAUCAAGACUCUGGAAGAGGAGAGCGGGCACAAGUAUGAGCAGAUCGAGGGUCCCACCCGCGAAGGCUGGGUCCCGCCGCCAAACGAGACCUUCAUCUUCUCCCCCGAGUGGCUCGUCGGGACCUGGCUUGGGCGGCGCAUGGGAGGGUUCUGGGACCUGCAGCCGCCGGCGCAAGUGGCGGUGCACGUGAUGUUCAUGCCUGGGGAGGUGGAGGGGCCCUACCAAAAGGAGUAUGGGAUGAAAGCUGUCAACGCCUUCAACUUUGAUGUGUCACAGGCCUUGCAUGGCCAGCUCUUCCCCACGGCCACACCCGAGCAGCCGCUGCCGCGCGUGCUGGCCCUGGCUCCCGGCCUCUAUUUGUCCAGCACAACGAGACAGGAGUUUAGGGACAAGCAGAUGCAGCUGGUGCGGCUGGCAAUGCGCGUGGGCCGCGUGAUGCUCCUGCCAGACCCUCUCCGCAACACGACCUGGACGUACUAUGACCCUGGCGACGACGAUGUGCUCGGCCACAAGCGCACCAAGAGCUGCGCAGAAUGGGUGAUGCUCAAGUACGGGCUGGAUGACGACCAGCACUGCGUGUGGUGGCCCCUGGUGGACAAGCGCUGCAUGCCGGGCACCUACAUCACGCACCCAGAUUAUCGGGAGCUGGUGCGGCGCCUGCCAGACGGCACCGGCGAGCCCGGGCCCGACAACACGGUGCAGCUGGACGGGCUGCAGAAACAGGUGCCUCAGGAGCAGGCCGCAAACCAGACUGAUCAGGCGGAUCAGGCGGGCGCCGCAGAGCAGCAGGCCAGCAGCUGGGCAGCGGUGGUGGAGGCGGCCAAGCAGAAGGAGGAGCCUCACAUCCUCUUCCUCAGCGCCAUCCCCGACCUCACGCCCGGCUCGAUGCCGCCAGAGGAGGGGGAGGAGGACAAGCGGUGGAAGGAGUGGAGAGACAGCUGCAGCUGGACGAGUCGGGAGUGGCCGGAGCCGACGCCGGAGCGUCGCCGGCUGGACGAGCGGCGGCACGCGUGGCGGCAGGCGGGGCGGCUGCAGGGCCCCUGGCAAGCCCAUGAGCUGCAUGUGCGCAGCGAGCAGGGCGACCUGUAG